AUGAAUGAAAACUCUAAUUCUGCUUCGACAGGAUCUGGAAUCAACACCAGUGGAACUAAUGCCUCAGCCUACUCAAAUUCUUUGUUCUUGAGUCAUGCAGAUAAUCCAGGAGCAGUUAUUGUGUCGCAAGUCUUCGAUGGAAAAAGGUUUGGUGCUUGGAAACGAGCAAUGACAUUAACACUAUUAGUUAAAAACAAAUUAGGUUUUGUUACUAGUAGAACUAAGAAACCUGAUGAAGAUGAUCCAGGCUACGAAGAUUGGGAGAGAUGCAACUCAAUUAAAGAAUUGAAUCUCAUAUCGCAAGGGGCUGAUUAUGUGACAACAUAUUAUACCAAAUUCAAACAAAUCUGGGAUGAAUUUGCUUUUGUAGAUGAAAUGCCUGAUUGUAGCUGCACAACAGGAGAAGCUUGGCUGAAACGUAUGGACAGACAACAAUUAGUUCAAUUCUUGUUUGGCCUAAAUGAUAGUUAUGCUUCAACAAGAGGAAGCAUUUUACACAGGAAACCUACUCCUGUUCUUGCAGAAGCAUAUGCAAUUCUUAUUCUAGAAAAGCAACAAUGA